AAUAAAAAGAAAAUUGACCCAAAUUCUGAGCAAACCUUAAUCGUUUUCAUCACACCACUAGCUAAAUUCAGAGUUCCAUCAUACGUGGUUAUCUUCUAUUUAUGGUUGUUUGAAAUAGCCAAACAUGACUCGCUUCUUGCCACUGAUUUUCCUCUGGGCUCGCUCUACUUCAGGAAUUUUCUCGCACUUUUUGAGUGAGAAAAAUAAGGAAAAUUGGACAAGCCGGGAAGGUGUUGGCCCAUGGCCUCUAGUUUUGCAUGCCUUCUCUGAUAAUGAAAUUAAAAAAUACAAAACUUUUGCAAAUAAGAAACAAUCUCAUCAUCGGGCUUCGUUCCGCGAUUACACCAUUAGGCAGUAUGAAAACCGACUGAGAUUGUACGCGCAUCCGUUAAAGAUUUUCCGGUAUUUCGCCACUAUUAAAAUGAAGAACAAGUCUGGUAAAUACGAGUUGUAUAUGACUCCAUCCGAUUUCCUGCGAUCAAUUCAGCCCGGAGCGAAGCAACCAGAGAAAUUGGGCUUGGAUAAGUUCCAAAUUCUCGAUGAGAAGGCGGCAAGUAAAUGGCAACCGUCCGUCAGGGAAGAUAGCAUCUUCCUAAAAUUCGAGAAACGGGGCCUGCUAACCUACAGUGACUAUGUGCUCCUGACCAUCCUACUUACCAUUCCGGAGCGAAGUAUUCGAAUUGGUUUCAAGCUUUUCGAUCUAAAUGGCGACGGCAAUGUGAGCAUCGAGGAGCUGGAGCAUGUCCUCAUGGUAAUCACACAGGGUGAAGCCUCCAUGAGGAGUUCGCAUCUGAAAAGCCAUCUCUUCGGGCCGCGACUCAAUAAAAUGCUGAGUAUAAAUGAUUUUCUGGAGUUCCUAAACGAACUCCACACAGAGAUCCAUAAGCAGCAGUUCCAGAACUUGCUGAAGGAAUCCAGAUCUGUGAUAUCCGAAGUGGACUUUGCCAAGGUGGUACUGGGCUUUACAAGUUCACGCAGUCAGCGACGUGAAACACUACAAAGGGUGAAGAAAAAGUAUAGUCAAAUGAAUCGCGGCAUUAGCCAAGAAGAGUUUUUGGCAUUUUUUCGUUUUGUGCAGGAUGUGAAUACUAUGGAUAAUGCGCUCGCCUUUUUCUAUUUUACCGGGGCGGAUAUCUCGCGAAAAACGCUGCGGCACAUCUCGCAUGUGGUAUCCGGCGUGAAACUGUCCGAACAUCUCACAGAUGUGAUUUUCUCUAUAUUCGAUCAUGAUUCCGACAAUAUUAUUCAGCGAAAGGAAUUUAACGAUAUGAGGCGCCAAUGGAUGCACCCUGUUCCCGUGAGAAGAAAUCUAAGGCUCUCAUCCGCUAUACGCAUUGUCUGCAAGUGCACCUGGAAAACGCUGCCAUCGUGGAAAUCCCCUGAAUUCUUAAACUUCUGGUGAUGUCCUUUGGGGUAGCUGCUUUUAGUUCACUGACAAUUUCACACAAAAGAAAAUUUAAUUAAAAUGUAAUAUACAUUUGGUAACUUGUUAUAUAUAAUAUUAUUGUUUAAAUAUUAUUUUCUCCAAUCUAAAAUGGUA